AUGCCACCCCUCCCCAUCCAUAUACCCCAGCACGUUCUCCAGCCCGUACAGCGCGAGCCCGAACGGAAGGACCCGCGCCUCGGCCCAGUCCACGACGCCUGUCAGCCGGCCCGUGGCGGGGUCGAUCAGGAGAUUCAUCUCGCAGAGGUCGCCGUGCGUGAGGGCGAGGGGGAGGGAGGUGAAGACGGUGGGGAGGUGGUGGAGGAGGGUGGUGAGCUGGGGGGUGAAUCGCGAGGGGAGGGUGGUGGAGAGCGUGGUGAGGGCUUGGGUGAACUCGGCGAGGAGAGGUGGGGUGGUCGUUGGGGUUGGGGAGGGUGGUUGUUGGGCGCUGUUCCAGGAUUGGGCGAAGAACCUGUUGGGGGGAUGGGUUAG